UCUGUUCGUGCGGUCACAUGGUACCAGCCAUCACUUACCAAGUGUGCGAUUUCCGCAUUCUGAGACGAUUUAGCACAUUAUAAGGUCGGUUUACCUGGCUAUCUCGGAAAAAAUGAAGCUUUUGGUGCUUUUCGCUACAUUCCUCGGCCUGUCGUUGGCGGAUCCGACUGUCUACUUGGAUGAGCGGUUUGCAGACGAGGCCUGGAAGGACAGAUGGGUGGAGUCCAAGGCUAAGGGAUCUGAUGCCGGCCCCUGGAAAUGGUCGGCUGGCAAGUUCUACGGAGACGCUGACCUGGACAAAGGUAUCCAGACUGGACAGGACGCGAGAUUCUACCACUUGACUACCAAGUUGGAGGAGGGCUUCAGCAACGAGGGGAAAACGUUAGUUCUGCAGUUCACCGUCAAGCACGAGCAGAAGAUUGACUGCGGCGGUGGCUACAUCAAGCUGCUCCCAUCGGACUUCGACCAGAAGAAGUUUGACGGAGACUCUCAAUACCACAUUAUGUUUGGCCCUGACAUCUGUGGUCCUGGUACAAAGAAAGUUCAUGUCAUCUUCAACUAUAAGGAUAAGAACCACCUCAUCAACAAGGACAUAAGAUGCAAGGACGAUGAGUUCACACAUUUGUACACGUUGAUCGUGAAGCCUGACCAGACGUACGAGGUCAAGAUCGACAAUAAGAAGGUGGAGAGCGGGAGUCUGGAGGAUGACUGGAACUUCCUCCCCGCCAAGAAGAUCAAGGAUCCCGACGCCAAGAAGCCGGAUGACUGGGAUGAGAAGGAGUACAUCGAUGACCCCGAGGACACCAAGCCUGAGGACUGGGACAAGCCUGAGCACAUUCCCGACCCUGAUGCCACCAAACCUGAGGACUGGGACGAUGAGAUGGACGGGGAGUGGGAGCCGCCCAUGAUCGACAACCCUGAGUACAAGGGUGAGUGGAAGCCCAAACAGAUCAAGAACCCAGGGUAUGAUGGGAAAUGGAUCCACCCGGAGAUCGACAACCCAGAAUACACAGCAGACGACAAAAUCUACAGAUACGAAGACAUCGGCGCGGUUGGCUUCGACCUGUGGCAGGUGAAAUCAGGCACAAUUUUUGACAACAUCCUGGUCACAGACGACGCAGACCAUGCGGAAGAGGUGGGCAAGGAAUUGUGGGAAAAGACAAAAGAAGGGGAGAAGAAAAUGAAGGACCAGCAGGAUGAGGAAGAGAGGCAGAAAAGAGAGGAGGAAGAAAAGGCCAGGAAAGAUGGUGAGUUAGGAUUCUCUUGAGGUUCUCUUAGUCUU